AAGCAGCAGAUGUGAGGGAGUGACAGAAAAAGACAGAGGGAGGGAAAAGAGGAGAAUAGAGAGAGAGCAGGACCAAACUCGCUGCCUUCUUUCCCCCCAGUGCUCUCUCCCUCCUUUCUCUCAGUGACUCCAAGCUGAGACCAACAGAUAGGAUGCUGUGCCUCGGGGGCCUGUCCUCUCUCCUCCUGCUUCUCCUCUGCCCCGCUCCACUGUCGGCCCAGGAGGAGCUCAUACGCCUCGCAGGCGUGGGCCGGCGCAGUGCAAAUGAGGGACGUGUGGAGGUGUUCUAUAAUGGAGCGUGGGGGACAGUGUGCGACGACGAGGUGGAUCUCAAUCUGGCCAAUGUGGUGUGCCGACAGCUGGGUUUCCAGAGAAGCCUUACCUGGGCACACAGUGCCAAGUUUGGUGAAGGACAAGGUCUGAUCUGGUUGGACAAUGUGCGCUGCCAGGGCAAUGAGCUCUCUAUUGCAGAAUGUCGUUCUAAUGGCUGGGGGAUCAAUGACUGCACCCACGCUGAGGACCUGGGGGUCAUCUGCAGUCCGGAAAGAAGACCUGGCUUCUCCCCUGCCUCUGUGGUCGAGGCCGCUCCAUCAUCCAGGCACCAGCCAAACCAACCAAGACAGAGAAACCCACCACCACAGUCUGUGUCUCCUCCAGCGGAAGAACAGAUCUCUUACUCAAGAGGCCAUGAGAUUGCCCUCCAUCGCGACCAAACUUCUUCCCGUCGCAGCAACAUCUCGCCACAGGAGAACGGCCACGAGAUCCAGAUCUUGCGACGGAAUCGAGCCGGGUCCAGAGUGAGCCAGCAGGUGAACCCACAAGGGCACCAGCUGCCGUCACGUCUGGCAAACGGGGCCUCCUACAGGCAGAGGCAGCUGAACCGGCAGCCUCAGCCUCAUUCCCAACUCCAGUCUGAGCGGAGAAGUGAGGGGAAUCAGCAGCUCAAUGGGAACCAUGUUGAACCAGACCCUGUUUAUCCAGAGCCUGAUGGACAUAACACACAGGGAUCUUCGAGGGUUCAUUUAGAGGAGGCCCGUCUACGGCCGGUGCUGUCCAGCAACCGUGGCGGUCUGGUGACGGAGGGAGUGCUGGAAGUGAAGAAUGCUGGGAGGUGGCGUCAUGUGUGUAACCAUGGAUGGGACCUGAGCAGCAGCCGUGUCGUCUGUGGCAUGUUAGGGUUCCCUGCUGCAGAAGCGUUUGACCAAGUCAGCUACAGGAAACUGUGGGACUCUAAGAUAGCCGACCCGUCCUCCAGGCUGCGGACACAGAUUGGUAAAAAGGGCUAUUGGGUGGAGAAGGUGCAGUGUCAGGGUGUGGAGAUGUCUCUGUCUCAGUGCCAGGCGCAGCUGUCCCUCCCCAGGAAUGAUGUCCCGUGCAACGGGGGCAUGCAUGCAGUGGUCCGCUGCACCCCCGGGAACCAGUUUGCACGCUUUGGAAGAGCACCUGCACCCCCUGCCGUGUCGCCUGUUGUGCGCCUGAAGGCGGGGCCCCGUCUUGGGGAGGGCCGUGUCGAGGUGCUGAUAGAGGGCAAGUGGGGCACCAUGUGUGACCACCUGUGGGACAUACCUGCAGCCAGCGUGGUCUGUAGAGAGCUGGGCUUCGGGACAGCCAGAGAGGCCCUCACUAAGGCUCAGCUGGGACAGGGUACUGGUCCCAUCCACAUGAACAGCGUCCAGUGCACGGGCAGGGAGAGGUCGAUCACAGAGUGCACCUACAGACCAGUGCCCCUCUACAGCUGCAAACACAACCAGGAUGUAGCAAUCCGCUGCAACGUGCCCAACACUGGCCUGCAGACCACGGUGCGCCUGGCGGGCGGCAGAGAGCCAGCAGAGGGCCGCGUGGAGGUGCUGAUAGAGAUCGGAGGAGUGAAGCGCUGGGGCUCCGUCUGCAGCGAGAACUGGGGCAUCAACGAGGCCAUGGUGGUGUGUCGACAGCUCGGCUUGGGCUUCGCCUCAAGAGCUCAUCAGGAAACCUGGUAUUGGCCUGGUUCCUCAGAUGCCGGGGAGGUGGUGCUGAGUGGGACUCACUGCAUCGGCAAUGAGAUGUCUGUCCAGCAGUGUCGCAGAAACACAAACGUCUACUGUCCCAGAGGAGGAGAAGGCAAAGCGGCUGGAGUGACCUGUGUCGAGACUGCACCCGACCUUGUCCUGGACGCUCAGCUCGUCCAAGAGACGGCCUACCUGGAGGAUCGACCCCUGCACCUGCUGACCUGCGCCAAUGAGGAGAACUGCCUGUCCACCUCCGCCGCCAGGAUGAACUGGCCCUACGGACACCGCCGCCUGCUGCGCUUCUCCUCCCGCAUUAUGAACACGGGUUGCGCCGACUUCCGACCCCGGGCCACCAGAGAAAGCUGGGUUUGGCACCAGUGCCACAGGCACUACCACAGCAUUGAGGUGUUCACCCACUACGAUCUGCUCACCCUCAACGGGACCAAGGUGGCUGAAGGUCACAAAGCCAGCUUCUGCCUGGAGGACACCUACUGCCCCGAAGGUCUCCAUAAACGUUUUGCCUGCUACAACAUGGGAGAGCAGGGUAUCUCAGUUGGCUGCUGGGACACAUACCGCCACGACAUCGACUGCCAGUGGGUGGACAUCACAGACGUACGACCUGGAGAAUACAUCUUCCAGGUGAAGGUCAACCCUUCCUUAGACAUGGCUGAGUCGGACUUCCAGAACAACGUGAUGCGCUGUCGCUGCAAGUACGACGGAGCCCGAGUCUACAUGUCCGGAUGCCACGCAGCUGACGCGUACAGCCCAGAGGUGGAGGACUUGUUCGACCACCAACCACACAUCUCCAACAACCUUCUGUGAAUGGAAGAACACACAGACAUAAGGACAGAACAACUGUACAACUCCUCACAACACCUCAACAUGUCAGGGGAGGGAGGUUUUCAAUGACAAUGACAUGCCAGUAAAAAGAGAGCGAUGAGGCCCAGUGGGAGGAGGAGGGGAAACUGGGAUUAUAUGGGAGGUAAUUCAUGCAACAGAUGAUUAGUUCGGAUCCUGUGACGGAAGGAGACAUUUAGACAGAGAGGGCCGUCGCAAGCAUCAUGCCACCAUGAUAAAACAUAGAGUAAUACAUGAUUUUAUAAAAACCUGUUAACAAAUUUCAUUCCCUUGAUCGAAACAUAACACAGUGAACAAAGUGAUGACAUGAAGGCACACCAGUACAACACCAGUGCACCGCCGGGCUGUUAGGAUAUCAACACAGAUCACCCACUGUUGACAAAGCUCGUCGUGCCUCCUGUGCUUUCACCGUUUGCUGUUUUUGGUUUUCAAUUUUUUUAUUUCACGGUGCUAUUUUGCCUCUUUUUAAUAAAUUUUGUAAUGUAUUGCAAAUGUAUUGUCAUGUACAGUUUUAUAUUACCUCUCUUAAAUAUUGCUUUCUAAUUUAUGCAGAAUUUUAAUGUACUUUUGAGUUGAAACUUGUCCCUGUGUGGCUGUGUUAUUUUUUUUUUUAUUGUUGCUUUUAUUAUGAGUAAUACUUUUAAUUCUGUUUUUCCUUAACUUGUGGGGAACAUCAGCCGAGAUCUGGUUGUACCACGGCAUUGCGCCUUUUACAGUACUUGGUUAUGGUAGAGGAAAAAUAAACGUCAGACUGACAAACUGA